AAAGACAUACUUAUCAGCCAAAAAAAGAAAAGUUGGGAUAAAGUAUAAAGAUACCUUAAUAUAGCCGCAAGAAAGAACAAAAGAGGAUACAAAAAUGUCUUCUGUUAACAGUCGUCUUCGCGCUAUCUUCUCAAAAUCAGUCCCUGCAAAAACCAAAGUCAAACCCAAAUCCAACGUCGCAGCUAAAUCCUCGGACAUAAGCGCUUUCCCCGAGGAAACCAAGCUCCUGAAACUGGUAAACAAGUUCAAGAAAUCAUGUGAAGACCCAAAAUUCCGAUGCAAACAUUCUAUUUACCGGCGCACGGUUCGCCGUCUUGCCAACGCCAAGAAGUUCUCUAUGAUCGAAGACGUCCUUGAAUCCCAAAAGAAGUACGACAGCAUUCGCGUCGAAGGCUUCGCAAAUCGCCUCAUUUCGUUGUAUGGCGAAUCGGGCAUGUUCGAACAUGCACACAAGUUGUUUGAUGAAAUGCCUGAGCUGAAUUGUGAGCGCACUGUCAAGUCGUUCAAUGUGCUCUUAAAGGCUGCCCUUGACGCAAAGAAAUUCGACAAAGUUGUCGAGAUUUUCAAGGAGUUUCCUCUCAGAGUUUCUGUAGAACCAGACUUGUUCUCGUACAACAUAGUUAUUCAUUCAUUCUGCGAGAUGGGGUCUUUCGAUGAUGCGCUUUCGAUGUUUCAUGAAAUGGAGGGCAAUGGCAUGGAACCUUCUUUAAUUACGUACAAUACGCUUCUUAAUGCACUUUAUAGGAACGGCAAGUUUCUUGAAGGAGAGAGGCUAUGGACCAUGAUGGAGGGAGAGAAUAUCGCUCCUGAUGUUAGAACUUACAAUGCAAGGUUGCGGGGAAUUUUCAUUGGCGAUGCUGGAUUAGAAGCCGAUGAAGUAAUUAGUGAGAUGGAGAGAAAGGGAAUUAAACCUGAUUUAGUAAGUUACAAUGCUUUAAUUAAAGGAUUCUGUGAUGGUGGGAAUUUGAAGGAAGCUAUGAAAUGGUAUGGUGAACUUCAAAAGAAUAACUGUCGUCCAGACUUGGUGACUUUUGCAACGCUUAUUCCGGCUUGUUGCAACGCGGGUGAUCUUGUUGUGGCGUAUGAACUUUGCUUGAAGGCUAUUGAUCGUCGGGUUCUUCUCAAAGCGGCAGUGUUUAAGAAUGUAGUUGAUGGAUUGGCCCGGAAGGUAAAGUAUGAUGAAGCGUCGGAGCUUGUGAAACUGGUGAAUUCUGCCAGCCACUUGAACUAUAAGCUAGAGUAAUCGAGGCGGAAUCUGCGAUCAUACGGAAUUUUUGCCGUCUCUUUCUUAUAGGCUUUUCCUGUUUUCAUCUAAAUAAUUCUUAGCUGAUGUUGAACUUACGGAUUUCGUACAUUUUUUUUUUCAAAAACUAGUAGCUGAGUAACAAUUCAAAGGGUUAUCAUUGAAGAAUUACUACUGCAUUGUGGAACUCAAAGUCAGUGAUGAUCAACUAUGCGAUUCAUUGAGGUAUUUUGUUGCAUUUGUUAGAUGUAUUACCUUUGAAUUGUAAUUCCUCAUUACAGCAGGAGACACGGAGUAAUUGUUAGUGAGACACACCGGUGUGUCCCAAAUAAUUCCAUUUAUGAUGGCAUGAGUUACAGAGGCAGUAUAAUAGUUGGAGACGUAGUAUAGCGGUAAUUUCACACCUAAUUUCAGUAAAAGGUGCAAAGUUCAAAUCCUUCCAAAAAAAAUUAGAGAG